GUCCUCCGGAAAUAUCCUCAGCUCGGAAACAGGUAUGCCCCAAAAUGGAUUCUCAGUUGGCCUCAGCCCUGACCAGUGGCAGCCUGGAAGUCCAAAAUGGCAGCCAGUGUGGAGAGGGAUCAAGGCCAAAUACAGAGGUUUUUUUGGACCGAAAGGAUAAAACCUCGUCCAGCACCAAACCAGGUAGCCUCAAGUCCUGCCCUGUCAAAGCAGCAGGGACCAUCAGGCAAGAUGCUCAAUCAAUCAAUGGGGAACAGCCAGAGGUGGGCGGGACUUCUAAGCCAGCCUCUCAGGAAACAAGUAAGAUUGGUGGGUUCAGACAGCCAAUUACAGUAAAGACUAGAGUGCCUGUUCUGCGUAGGCAACCAAUAAGGAUAAAAAUUGUUGUUCCCCCACGGUGCAAGAGACCAAUCACAAACUCUGCCAUCAGCCUGACCAAAGACUGUGCUUGCUCACAUUUUAGGGGACCUGUUUUGGUCUCUGCUGGAGCAUUGAUCAAAGAAAAAAACAGAAAUAAAAUCCAUAUAUCAGCUGUUAAAGAUGAAGAACAGAUAAUAGAAUAUACCUGUCAAAAGACUGAGGAGGAAGCUGAAGCAGAAUCAUUCCAGGAGACAGCAAUAGAGAUGAGAGAUGUUAACAUCGUUCACAUGGACGGGUCAGAAACUGGUUUUAUCUCCAGUACUAAUGCAGUCCAAGUACUGAGCCAUCAGGGGAUUAGGGAGGAAUAUACAGUUAGAGAAACUGAGCAAAAUAUUCCUCUUAUUUUGCAAGAAAUAAACUUAAAAUCUUUCAGAACAUUUAAUGAAGUAAACAUGGAGGAGCAGACAGAACCAUUGGACCUAAGUUUACCUAAGAAAAGAGAAAGUCGAGAGAAGAGGUGUGGACGUUUUUUGGACGAUCCUGGCUGUGAGAGUUCGCUGAUCAUGGAGGUGGACGAAUAUGAGGGUGAUGGGGACAGAGACAUGGUAGAAGAGGACGAUGAUGAGGGCUCUGAGCUGCGUCUGAGCAGUACAGAUAUGCUUGAGGAAUCUCUCCUGUCUCCCUCUUUUUUUUCUACCUCUGCCCUUACGUCUCUUUCCUCAGAAGACUGUGAUCCUGAAAACCUUCUGCUCAUUGAUGACCAGGGAAUCCCGUACACUCUCAGUCCAGAUGGACUCAAAGUGCCACAAGUCGAUGCUUCCACGUCAGAGGGCCUGCAAACAAAUCAAGCUAAUGCAGCAGAAGUAGGGGGAAAGGGGCCAUCACAUCUGGCCACACAGGCAGAUCUUGGCCUAAGCCAAAGUUUAGAUAAUGCACUAAAUACACCUCCUGAUGAUUUUUACCCCUCACCAGUCCCUGCCAACGAUUUUUCAUCAAAAAGUAUUGAUGAGACAAAAGCUCCAGAAGUCUUUACGAGUUUGAUGACAAACUCAUAUCCUUCAGCAGCUACAGAGUUAAACACUAAACCUGCUCAGGAGGCUAAUCCAGUUUUGUCCUCUUCCUCUGGGAUAUCACUACCCACCCAGCCGAUUCACAUCCUCACAAACCCUUCAGCCAAUACUCCCCUUCUCCUCCUGUCUUCCUCUUCCUCUUCUUCUUCUCAACUCUCCUCAGCUCCAGUUGGCCUCUCUCUUCCUCUCUCUGUAACUCAGACUUCACCUGGUGCUUCUACCCCUAUGUUUCUCCUCCUCUCUUCUGUACCUUCUUCACCCGGUGAUUCCACCACCGCACCCACCCCUAUUGCUGUCCUUGACCCCUCGACUGGUCAGUUGUCCCAGAUUACCACAACCUCAGCUCCUGCCAGCCUUCCUCUGUCCUCUGGUCAGGUCAGCACAUUAGGAUCACCUCUGCCUAUGCUGUCUCACCCUGUCAUUAGACUGAGCCCCAACAACCCCCCUGUCAUCUUGUCCGGUGUGAAUAAUGUAACCUCUGGCCCUGUUCUCACCUCUCUCACUGUCCCUUCAUCCACUCUUGCCCUGCAGGAUGACCAACCCAGCACAGCUCCCUUUAUUCAAACUCAGAUCAGCUACUCUGUAUCAAACCCUGGAAGUGAAGCCAUAUCUGCUGAAGAAGCCUCAAGUGAAAACAACAAGCCAUCAGCUUUUGCAGCAUCCUCUCCACAACCACAGUCUGCAGCAUAUGACCUCUUAGCACAGCCUACUUCAGAAGCAGAGGUCCAAUCACCAGCCUCAGACUCUAAAUUUGACUCCUCAGACCUCCACUCUGAACAUUUACCUCUGGACGACCAUCUUUACUUCUCUAACAUGGCUGCUCCUGCUUCCCCUCCCAUUGGCCCCAUCCUCCCCUCAGGCAGUCUUGACUCCCUGGACCCCCUGGACCCCCUCUCACCUGCAGGGUCUCCUAGCACUCUGGGCUCCCGCAGGGUACUGUGCUGCCAGCUGUGCCCACGGAUCUUCUUUUACCUCUCUGAUCUUGAGCGUCAUGCCAUCACUCAUUCGCAGAAGAAGCCUCAUGUUUGCCAGCAGUGCGGCAAAGCUUUCAAACGCUCCAGUCAUCUGCAGAGACACAAGCACAUCCACACAGGCCAGAGGAACUUUGUGUGUCCCAUCUGCGCCAAGCGCUUCAGGGAGGCGGGUGAGCUCCAGCGCCAUCAAAGGGUGCACACCGGAGAGAAACCCUACCAGUGCCAACUUUGCCACACCCGAUUUGCCGAACGCAACACCUUACGUCGACACACCAAACGCAAACACCCGUAUCACCAGGUGGCCAUGGAAAUGCUGAAUGAGAGAAGAGACAGAGGAGGUGGCCGAAGGGACGGGGGAGGCGCCGGUGCAUCAGGAGUGCAGGAGGAAGAGGAGAGCGCCGAAUGGUACAGCUCCACCGUGUCAACUUUAGAUAAUUCUGAAUCCGAGAUGGAAACUUAACUUUUUGAACUAAAGGAAAAGGUCUUGAGAGGCUGAUCAUUGGUCAUAACUAACUGUAUAGUUAUGCUACAACUUUAUUUAACAUUCAAAGAAGGGAGCACUUGCAAUAUUUAUUCUGGUUUUGUAAUGGCAAAUUAUUUAUAUGAAUGUAUAGAAUUCCUAUUCCAUUUAAUGGGCCAAAUGUAAGCCUUUAAAGUUGAACAUGACUUUGAAUUAGAUUUCUAGCUUGAAUAAAGAUACGUAUACAAAGGGAAAGCUUAUGUGAGUUCAAAUUGUUCAUUAACAUGUUAAAUGUUGUUGUGAAGCUGCGUUCACAUGCAAUCUGUGAUAAAACCCUAAAGUGCUCAUAAAAAUGAAGCUUAUUUAGUCUAACUAAAACUCUUGUAUAUAUAUAUAAAGAGUACUGUUUGUAAGAGCUGCACUUCUGCACUAUCUCAUAUGGAAGAUAUAAUCUUUCCUACUGUCAGAGACACUGUGAGGCAUUUGCACUUGUUUCAUUUGAAUUCAGAAAUAUUUUUUUUACAUUGUGAGUGAAAAUAUUUUUUUUUCUUAAUUUAGUUGAAGCUGUUAAUUUUAUGUAUUUAAUCCACAUCCUGUAAGAGUGUGACCAAAUGUUUUUGAGUUAUUCUAACCUAAACAAGAUAUUCAGAGUUUUUAAAAAAAUGGGAUUUCAUGUUAACUUAUUGUAAUAAAAUUUUCACAACUAUAA